UCAACACCACAACCCCCCCGCCCUUCUCUCUCUCUCUCUCUCUCUCUCUCCCUCUCUCUCUCCAUGGCUUCUCUUCAUAACUUCAACUCAGCAUCCACACACACUAACCUGGAAAAGAGCUCACUAGAGGUAGAACCUAAUUCAAUAAUGCCAAGAUGUAGAGAUGUACAUGCAGUUACAAUUGAGUGUGGGUUGAACAAUGAUGGUGAUGCUGGGAUUUCCUUGACAUGGGAGGAUCUCUGGGUGACAGUUCCAGAUGGGAAGGGUAGCAGCAGACCAAUCAUUCAAGGCCUCACUGGCUAUGCAAGGCCUGGUCAGCUCUUGGCCAUUAUGGGCCCUUCUGGCUGUGGCAAGUCUACUCUCCUUGAUACCUUAGCAGGGAGAUUAGGAGCCAACACAAGACAGGCUGGUGACAUAUUAAUUAACGGUCACAAACAGAAGUUGGCUUAUGGAACAUCGGCUUAUGUGACUCAAGAUGACACCUUGCUUACAACAUUAACCGUUAGAGAAGCCGUGUACUACUCUGCUCAACUCCAACUACCAAACUCCAUGUCCAAAUCCGAAAAAAAAGAGAGAGCAGACAUGACAAUAAGAGAGAUGGGCUUACAAGACUCCGAGAACACAAGAAUUGGUGGGUGGGGAGCUAAAGGCCUAAGUGGAGGGCAAAAGAGGAGGGUAAGCAUUUGCAUAGAGAUUCUAAAGCGCCCAAAACUUCUCUUCCUUGAUGAACCAACAAGCGGGUUGGAUAGCGCCGCAUCAUACUAUGUCAUGAGUAGAAUCGCACGCCUUGAUCAACGACAAGGAAGGACUAUAAUUGCUUCGAUUCAUCAACCAAGUAGUGAAGUCUUCGAGCUAUUCCACAAUCUUUGUCUUCUGUCUUCGGGUAGAACUGUAUACUUUGGCCCCACUAGUGCUGCAAACGAGUUUUUUACAUCAAAUGGAUUCCCAUGCCCAACUCUUCAGAAUCCAUCUGACCACUUCCUUAAAACAAUAAACAAGGAUUUUGAUGAGGACAUAGAAGAAGGUUCUACAGGAAAGAAAUCAACAGAGGAAGUGAUCAGUAUUCUUGUAAAGUCAUAUAAAUCAUCUGAUGGUUACCAACAAGUUCAAAGACAAGUUUCUGAAAUAUGUAAACGUGAAGGAAGAGCACUUGAGAAGAGCAGAAGCCAUGCUAGCUUCCUCACCCAAUGCCUAGUUCUUACCAAAAGGUCUUUUGUGAACAUGUAUAGAGACCUUGGCUAUUACUGGUUGCGGCUAGCUAUCUAUGUUGCAUUGGCAUUAGGUUUGGGCACUAUCUACUAUGACAUUGGCUUCAGUUAUAGUUCAAUUCAGGCUAGAGGUGCAAUGCUUGCAUUUGUUGCUUCAUUCUUGACUUUCAUGACAAUUGGUGGCUUCCCCUCAUUUGUGGAGGAUAUGAAGGUAUUUGAACGGGAAAGGCUGAAUGGGCACUAUGGUCCUAGUGCAUUUGUCAUUGGCAACACACUCUCAAGCCUUCCCUAUUCAUUUCUCAUUUCACUGAUUCCUGGGGCAAUUGCAUAUUACCUCACUGGACUUCAAAAAGGAUGUGAACAUUUCAUAUACUUUGCUGCAAUGCUCUUCACUUGCAUGAUGUUGGUAGAGAGCCUAAUGAUGAUCGUUGCAAGCAUUGUGCCAAAUUUCCUCAUGGGUAUAAUAACCGGCGCAGGAAUUCAAGGUUUGAUGAUUUUAGGCGGUGGAUUCUUUCGACUGCCCGAUGAUUUACCCAAACCAUUUUGGAGAUACCCUUUGUUCUACAUUGCAUUUCACAGGUAUGCAUACCAAGGAAUGUUUAAGAAUGAGUUUGAAGGGCUAAGAUUUGCUAGUAAUCAAGUUGGAGGACACAAGACAAUCAAUGGUGAAGAUGUUUUGAGAAAUAUGUGGGAAGUGGAUAUGGAUUAUUCUAAGUGGGUUGACCUAGCCAUCUUGUUGUCAAUGGUGGUUUUGUAUAGGUUGAUGUUCUUGGUGAUUAUAAAGACUGUUGAGAAUGUUAAGCCUGCCAUUAGGGCAUUGAUGUCUGCGAACCCUAAGCAAGCAGCACAAAUCAUGAUGAAUCCAAGUGACACUUCAAUUCACAUGUAGUGAUUUAGGUCUCAAAUCUUGUGUAGUCAUUUGCCUAUGUACUCAUCAAUGAUAUGUACUUUCAUCGUUGUAGCAUAUCUAUAAGGUGUUUUGGCAAGAUGAUUAAAAGUUGUUUUUUGA